CCUGAGAGGGUGGAGCUUGUGACGCUCACGCCUCGGGCUCCGGCUCUUUCCUAACUCCGCUGGCUGCGCCUCCUGCGGGAAAGGUGUGACUGAGUCUGAGGGAACCGCACCAAUGGCUUCCGUGCUGUCCUACGAAAGCCUGGUCCACGCUGUGGCCGGAGCCGUGGGAAGUGUCACAGCGAUGACCGUGUUUUUUCCCUUGGAUACAGCUCGACUUCGACUUCAAGGAGUGGUGAAUGUGUUGCUAACAACUCCACUCUGGGUGGUAAACACCAGACUGAAGCUGCAAGGAGCAAAAUUUAGAAAUGAAGACAUUGUACCGACCAACUACAAAGGUAUUAUUGAUGCUUUUCACCAGAUCGUUCGAGAUGAAGGAAUCUUGUCUCUAUGGAAUGGCACAUUUCCCUCCUUGCUCUUGGUCUUCAAUCCUGCCAUCCAGUUCAUGUUCUAUGAAGGUUUAAAACGGCAGAUUUUAAAGAAACGAAUGAAGCUUUCUUCUUUGGAUGUGUUCAUCAUCGGUGCAGUAGCCAAAGCGAUUGCAACCACAGUCACCUAUCCCCUGCAGACAGUCCAGUCGAUUUUGAGGUUUGGACGUCACAGACUCAACCCAGAAAACAGAACCCUGGGGAGCCUCCGCAAUGUUCUCUAUCUCCUUCACCAGCGAGUCAGGCGUUUUGGAAUCAUGGGGCUCUACAAAGGCCUCGAAGCCAAGCUGCUGCAGACAGUCCUCACGGCGGCUCUCAUGUUCCUUGUUUAUGAGAAACUGACGGCCACCACCUUCACGGUGAUGGGGCUAAAGAGCAUGCGCAAGCCUUGAGAUGCCUUCCCCUGCAAAAUGCAGAAAGAUGCUCAAGAUGGGGCUUUCCUUUCUUCUGUGGGAAGAGAAGUGAUUCCCUUCUUGCUCUUUCCACCGUGAAUUUUACCCUCAUUGGCUUCAAAAGCAUCUAAGGGUGAACCUGGAGUAUAUAGCCCACUGAACCUGUCACCAGCUGAAUUUGUAUGACAGUUGGUUGCAUUUUGCCGAGAAGGUUGGACUAAUGGUCAUACGAAAAGAAAGCAUUAUUAAAAACCUAAAAUUGAAAGUUGGGGAGUUAAUUGGUGUUCUUAAGCAGAACGGGCUAUUGCUCUCAUGUGUAAUCUUUGCCAGUUAAAAUCUUUCUUACAUUUGCCAGCUGUCCUCUUUCCCUGAACCCUCCCUCAGGUUCUAGGACAAAUUACUUUGUAAUUCUCCUCAUAUACUUUUUAUGUCUUAGUCUCAAUAUUUUCCUUACUAAAAAUAAUAUUAUGACUGUGCCGCGGGCAUGGUUUUAUUUUUGUUGGGCUUUUUUUCUCCUGCGUAAGGAAAGGUGUCCUCUUUAGUACAUGAGCUAUUUAUUUUGUGGGAGAGAUAAAAAUUCUUAAUCCCAAAUGAUUCUCUUAUAAACUGUUUGAAACAUCACUUCUUCAUUAGUGUUUGACAUAAUUUAAAAAUAUUUAUUUCGAAUCGACCCUUUCAUUCCAAAACGCUUCUAGUUUUAUGUUAAUGCGUACGCGCCCCAUCAAGUCAAGCCUCAAUAAAUUGUCAGCACAAAAAACAUGCCCCUGAUGAAGGUAUUACAUUGGGUUUUUGACCAGCUAGUAAAAAUCACAGAAAAGGGAGAGGGUGCAGAAAGCUCAUGCAGGCUCUGGAAGAUCAUCUCCCUUUGCAAACUCGGCAGAGGCUGUGUUUUUUGACAAUAAAUACCUGAUUGAGGUUACUCUAUUUGCAAACAUUCAUUGGCGUUCUGCUACUCAAGAGUGUGGCGCGUCAAGCAGCAGUGGUCAUGUCACCUGGGAGUUUGUUGGACAUGCAGUUCUAGACCUUCUGAAUUAUUCUCCGCAUUUUAACAAGAUCUCCAGGUGAUUCAUACUCACUCGAAAGUUCCAGAGACGUUGAAGCCCCUGACCCAGCAGAAGACAUGAUUAUUUUCAAUGAUAGAAACCAAGACAAUGAUUUUUCUCAAAGGAAGAUGGACUAAUUGUAUUAAAACAACCUCUGAAGAAAA